GGUGGUGGCGGUUGCAGCCGUGUCGUGUGUCACAGUGCGGUGGGGAGACUCUGAAGCAGCUGCUCUCUGGGAUGGCCUCCACCGGGAACCUUUCUGAAGAGCAGGUGCACUGCUCCAUCUGCCUGGACGUCUUCACCAACCCCAUGUCCAUCCCUUGCGGACACAACUUCUGCCAGAGCUGCAUUCUGGGAUACUGGCGGACCAGCGUGUUGUACCAGUGUCCCAUGUGCAAGAAGACCUUCUACAAAAGGCCCGAUAUCAGCAUCAACACCGUUCUGCGGGAGAUCGCCGAACAGUUCAAGGAGAUCCGGGUCAGAAGUGCGGAGCAGCCACAGCAGGGGACCGAGGCCAACCAAGAGGAGGAGCAGGGGAGAGUGGAGAGAGGAAAGAAGUGGGGGAUGGAGAGAAGGAAAGAGGAGGAUGAGGAGAGGCUCCUCGAGAAAGACCAGAAGGAGCAGCUUUUAGAGGAGCUGAAACAAAAGCAGGAGAUGGAGAGGAGAAAGAAAGAGAGGGUGAAGGAGAAAGAGGCAGAUGGGAGCACAUUCAUGGGACUGCAGGAGGACUUACCUCCGUUGGUGCCUCCACUGCCUGCAUCCAAAAGUUCCCCGCCAUCAUCCCCCCCAGCAUCUCCGCCUCCAGCAUUCCCAGCAUCAACCCCAACCACACCCCAAAGACCACCACCGCCCUCCCCAAACCUCAAAUCCACCUCCACCACCUCCCUCCUCACCCCUUCCAUGCAGCCCCUGGGAGGAGGUCCUCUGUGA